CUUACACUGAUCAACUGAAGGUGCAAGCGAGCUGUCCUGUGGUACGCCAUGACAGGGACUGCAGUUAUACUGGUCUUAUCAGGACUGUGUUUCCUACCUCCCUGUUUUCCUCGUCUUUACAUCCUCGUUGAAAAUCCAAAGAACUGGUCUGAAGCUCAGAACUACUGCAAGUGGAAGUACACUGACCUGGCCUCUGUGCACAAUGAGCAAGACUUGGCUCAGCUCAAUGAACUUUUAGAAGGGAAGCUCAACACCUGGAUCGGACUGCAGGCUGACGCCGAGGCUUGGAAGUGGUCUUUGCAAAAACCAGGAUUCUAUGGUGAAGGAGAGGCUGGGUUCAGGAUGUGGAAUGCUGAUGAACCCAAUGGUGGUCCAGCAUACUACAAACUAUGUGCAGCAAUGUAUUACAGCAGUGGAUGGGUGGAUGCCAUUUGCUCGUGGUCUUUGAAAUUUAUUUGCUACAACGGCACGGGAGGAACAAACGACACUUCAUCGAGCUUCAUCUUCGUCGCUGAGCUUAAGACCUGGGAGGAGGCUCAGAGCUACUGCAGGGAGCACUACACUGACCUGGCCAGUGUGAGGAACCAAGCCGAGAAUGACCAGAUAAGGAAGAUGACCAAAGACAACGCAUAUACAUGGAUCGGCCUCUACAGAGACUCAUGGAAGUGGUCAGAUGGGAGCACACAUUCAUUCGCUAACUGGGCGACCAAUGCACCAUCCGUCACAUACUCCCACUCUUGUGCCGUUUCAAACUUUGGCAAAUGGCAGAACGCGGACUGCAACAUGCCGCGGAACUUUGUAUGUUACAGUGUUCCCACUGUGAGGAGGCAGGUGGUGCGGGUGGCGCUGAAGAAAACAGACGCCUCUGUGGACAUGGAGGAGCUGAAGGACGACAUCUUGCAGAAGUUAAACCAGAGACUGAAGGAUCACAAUGUGGGUGAAGACAUGAAACUGAGAUGGGUGGAGCAGCCUGAUGGAAAGGUCUUCCACAAGAAAGACACAGACAAGAAGAAGACUAACUACUGAAGUCACCAGUGAUGCUGUAAAUCAUCACACUACGCUCUUUUUAAGUGCACGGAUGCUUUCGGUUGUAGGCUCAGCAUCCAGCAUCCUCAUUUCCCCGUACCCAUGAUGAUCAUUUCCCUGUUCAGAGUGUGAAAACGACUCUGGAGCUUUGUUAAGACUGUGAAAAUAUCUCUGCUGAAAGCCUGUGUUACAAUCAUGGGAAUGUAGAGUUUGAAAGACAUCAUGUCCACUAACGUCAUAACAGUGCUCUACUAAAAAGUUGGUACCAAAUAAAGUUAAUGAUGAAUUUCAUCUUUUUUGGAUCGGAAAAUUUGGAAUAGAACAUAUUUUUGUGAAAUCAUAGCCACUACCUACGAACCACAACCUUUAACUUAACCUAAAUGUAACCUUAGCCCAGUCCCUGAAACAAAUAUAUGCUUUUCCAAGAGAAAUGGACAAAUUAUCUUUUUAUUUGUUGAAGAAAAAGGCACGUCAGCGUGCUUGGAACCAACCAUAAUUGCUACGCCUUUUAUAUGACUGGGAAUUGUGU